GGGCAGCGGCGGAGCGCGGAGUUUCGCUUCAGUCACCAACCAUGCGCGUGGUUCCUCUGUUACUUCUGCUCUGUCUGGCGGUCAUCGCCGUCGAGGGCGGCAGCCAGCGGUACUGUGGCAGGGGCAAGGACGGCAAAUACUACUGCCCGAAGGGUCAAGUGUGCCGUAGCUGCGGCUUGAAGCGCUGCUGCGUGUCCAAGCCCGCAAACAAAUGUCGCCGUUAUGGACAACUCUGUGGUGGAAAUUACCUCUGCAUACAGUGCGGCGAUGGGCUCUGCUGUCGCCUUGGAGUCUCGCUCCGACGCUGCCGCGCCAAAUGCAAGAGGGCAGGAUACUACUGCACCUCACGUAACUGCGCCCAGGGCUACUGUUGCGAGAGGUGCUACGGCAAGAAAUGCUAACACUGGUGUGCCAUCAGCACUAGCUCCUUGCCGUCCACACCACAGCAGCUAAAAUGACAUGUGGCGACUGCAAGCUGGUGUGCUCACGGGGCGAGCGAGUACAAGCGAGCUGUGGGAGCGCGAACUGCUCUGCCGUGCUCCAGCUAGAGCGAACAUUCCCGGGAGAGCUUCUUUCUACCUCGAUUUUACCAGCCUGGUCAAACAAGCGCACAGCUUUUAAACGUGAUCGCUCUCCGCGCCUCUUUUUCGGUUAUGACGCCUUUGGUCUUAUGUCAAAUACAUCCAGCAGCGAG